AUGGGUAGUCAUGGUGUAGCGGGUUUACGUAGCACAGUUCUGGAAGUGGAGGCAGCCUCUAUUAAAAUGGGUUCUGAAGAAGAAAUAAAACAUUACGUAAAUGGAAGGGAUGAUAAUAUUUCUGUACCAUAUCAGAAUUAUGGAUCUGAAGGCAAAUGCAGUGAGGACAAGAGGAAACCUGAAAAAAUGAAUAUGGUCAGUCCAUUAACAGUGUUUCGAUACUCUGACCGGCAGGAUAAACUCCUGAUGGCGCUGGGCACUACCAUGGCAGUGCUCCAUGGAGCAAGCCUGCCCCUUAUGAUGAUUGUCUUUGGUGACAUGACAGAUUCUUUUAUUGCUUCAGAAAACAUCACUUAUCCAGCAAAUUUUUCUUUAUUGAACAGCACAUUGGUGAAUUUUUCCAUGGAAUUUUUUUCUUCUCUUAUUCUGGGAGAGUUGGAAGAAGAGAUGACCAGAUAUGCUUAUUAUUAUUCUGGAAUAGGAGCUGGUGUUCUUUUUGCUGCCUACAUUCAGGUUUCUUUUUGGACACUAGCUGCUGGCAGGCAAAUAAAAAGAAUCAGACAAGAAUUUUUUCAUGCUGUAAUGAGACAGGAGAUUGGAUGGUUUGAUGUAAAUGAUGUGUGCGAACUGAACACAAGAAUUGUAGAUGACAUCUCCAAGAUUAAUGAAGGAAUAGGGGAAAAAAUAGCAAUGUUCUUUCAGGCAGUGGCUACUUUUUUCACUGGAUUUAUAGUUGGUUUUACAAAAGGCUGGAAAUUAACACUUGUGAUCCUGGCACUCAGCCCUGUUUUGGGAUUCUCCUCAGCUCUCUGGGCAAAGAUGAUUUCCACAUUCACUAACAAAGAGCUAACUGCAUAUGCAAAAGCAGGAGCUGUGGCAGAGGAAGUUCUGGCAGCAGUUCGAACUGUGGUAGCAUUUGGAGGACAGAGAAAAGAAACUGAAAGAUAUCAAAAAAAUUUGGAAGAUGCCAAACGUAUUGGUAUCCAGAAAGCUAUUUCAGCCAAUAUUUCCAUGGGUAUUUCUUUCUUUUUGAUAUAUGGAUCCUAUGCACUGGCCUUCUGGUAUGGAACCAUCUUGGUACUCUCAGAUGACUAUACAAUUGGAAAAGUCUUUACAGUCUUUUUUUCUAUAUUAGUUGGAGCUUUUAGUGUUGGACAGGCUGCACCAAGUAUGGAAGCAUUUGCCAAUGCAAGAGGAGCUGCCUAUGCAAUAUUUAGUAUUAUAGACAAUGAACCUCAAAUUGACAGUUCGUCCAAUGCUGGCUAUAAACCGGACAAUAUUAAGGGGAAUUUGGAAUUCCAAAAUGUUUACUUCAGUUAUCCUGCUAGGCCAGAUAUUAAGAUACUGAAAGGCUUGAAUCUCAAGAUUAAAUGUGGCCAGACAGUGGCCCUGGUUGGUAGCAGUGGCUGUGGAAAAAGUACAACUGUUCAGCUCAUCCAGAGAUUUUACGACCCCAAGGAAGGCACGAUUACCAUCGACGGGCAGGAUCUUAAGAGUCUGAACGUAAGAUAUCUGCGGGAGAUUAUUGGUGUGGUGAACCAGGAGCCCGUGCUGUUUGCUACAACUAUUGCAGAAAAUAUUCGUUAUGGCCGUGAGGAUGUCACCAUGGAAGAAAUUGAAAAAGCUACCAAGGAAGCUAAUGCUUAUGAUUUCAUCAUGAAGCUCCCCAAGAAGUUUGAAACUGUGGUUGGAGAAAGAGGGGCACAGAUGAGUGGAGGGCAGAAGCAGCGAAUAGCAAUUGCCCGUGCUCUGGUUCGCAAUCCUAAAAUUCUUCUGCUUGAUGAGGCAACAUCAGCUUUGGAUACUGAGAGUGAAUCCGUUGUGCAGGCAGCGCUGGACAAGAUCAGGAAGGGCCGCACUAUUCUUGUUAUCGCUCAUCGUUUGUCAACAGUUCGAAACGCAGAUCUUAUAGCUGCAUUUGAAAACGGUGUCAUCACAGAACAGGGGACUCAUGAUGAACUGAUGGAACAGAAGGGAGUUUACUACAAACUUAUUAAUAUGCAGACAUCAGAAACUGAAGGUCAGUUACAGGAAGAAGAUGAUAAUACAUCAAGUGUCUCAGAAGAGGCACUGAAUGGAUCAGUACUGACUGGACAGAAAAGAAAGUCCACUCGGAAAAGCAUAAAAAGGUUCAGAAUACAGAAUGAUGAACUUGAUGAAAAAGCUGAUCAGCUUGAUAAAAAUAUACCUUCAUCUUCAUUUUUUAAAAUUAUGAAACUGAAUAAAACUGAAUGGCCUUACUUUGUUGUUGGAACUUUAUGUGCAAUUAUCAAUGGGGCCUUACAACCUAUAUUUUCAGUCAUGAUUUCAGAUGUUAUAGGGAUGUUUGUGGAAAAAGGAAAGGCUGCUAUGAGAGAGACAAAUAGCACAUACGCAUUACUCUUUUUAGGUUUUGGACUCAUUUCUUUUGUCACAUCUUUUCUUCAGGGUUUCACAUUUGGUAAAGCUGGAGAAAUCCUCACAAUGAGGCUUCGAUCCAUGGCAUUUAGAGCAAUUCUGAGACAGGAGAUCAGCUGGUUUGAUGAGCCUAAAAAUAGCACUGGAGAAUUAAUUACAAGACUUGCUAAUGAUGCCUCACAAGUGAAAGGAGCUACAGGUUCCAGACUGGCAUUAGUUGCCCAAAACAUAGCUAAUCUUGGGACUGGGAUUGUUUUGUCAUUGAUCUAUGGCUGGCAGUUGACCCUUCUGCUUUUAGCCAUUGUGCCAAUUAUUGCUAUUACAGGAAUGAUUCAAAUGAAGAUGCUUGCUGGACAUGCAAAAAAAGAUAAAAAGGAACUAGAAACCUUAGGAGAGAUUGCUUCUGAAGCCAUAGAAAAUAUUCGAACUGUUGUUGCUUUGACUCGGGAAAGAAAAUUUGAGUACAUGUAUGGACAAAAUUUGCAAGUGUCAUACAGAAAUUCUGUAAAAAAGGCACAUAUCUUCGGAUUUACUUUUGCCUUUACACAAGCUAUUAUGUACUUCACUUAUGCUGGAUGUUUUAGAUUUGGUGCAUAUCUAGUAAAAAAUGGACAUAUGCGGUUUAAAGAUGUGCUUUUAGUGUUUUCAGCUAUUGUAUUUGGUGCAAUGGCAUUAGGACAAAGCACUUCUUUCACUCCAGACUAUGCUAAAGCCAAGAUGUCAGCUGCUCACUUGUUUCUGCUGUUUGAAAGAGUACCAUUAAUAGACAGCUACAGUGAGGAAGGGGAGAAACCUAAAAUAUUUGAAGGAAACAUCACAUUCAAAGAUGUGGCAUUUAAAUACCCAACCCGCCCAGAGGUCAAAGUGCUCCAAGGUUUGAACACUGCAGUAGAAAAAGGACAAACUCUGGCCCUUGUUGGUAGCAGUGGCUGUGGAAAGAGCACUGUUGUUCAGUUGCUUGAGAGAUUCUAUGAUCCGCUCAGUGGAGAAGUGCUUCUGGAUGGCCGAAAUACAAAGACACUAAAUAUCCAAUGGCUGAGAGCUCAGAUUGGUAUCGUCUCACAAGAACCAAUCCUGUUUGACUGCACCAUUGCUGAAAAUAUUGCAUAUGGGGACAACAGUCGGGAGGUGCCCCAUGAGGAAAUCGUUAGUGCAGCAAAAGCAGCCAAUAUUCAUUCCUUCAUUGAAUCAUUACCAAAGAAAUACAAUACAUGUGUGGGAGACAAAGGAACACAGCUCUCUGGUGGUCAGAAGCAGCGCAUUGCUAUUGCCAGAGCUCUUGUACGGCAGCCCCGCAUCCUGCUGCUGGAUGAAGCCACCUCUGCGCUGGAUACAGAAAGCGAAAAGAUUGUGCAGGAAGCACUGGAUAAAGCCAGAGAAGGCCGCACCUGCAUCGUGAUAGCUCACCGCCUGUCCACCAUCCAGAAUGCUGACAAGAUUGCUGUGAUCCAGAAUGGCAAGGUCAUAGAGCAAGGGUCUCAUCAGCAGCUCCUGGCUGAAAAAGGCUUCUACUAUUCACUGGUCAAUGUUCAAAGUGGGCCUCGCACUGUAUGACAAUGGGCAGCAUCUGUUGCUGAAAUGCAGCUGUACAGCUGGUUCAUUAUUUUGUAUGAAAUUACUUACUUAGGGUAUUUCAGUACUUCUAGUUUGUUAAAAUUCUGUAAAUAGCUUCCUUAAAUCCCACGACUAAUAAAAAAAGCGUACCUCAGUUAUUUAAGAACUUUACAUUUUUGACUGUUCUUCUGUCAGUGCAAAACUUUACAGCUGCACAAAUAAAAGGUACACAGUGAUUACAAAAAGUCCAGCUGACUUGCCAGACUGCCAGUACAGCUCUCAGGGUGCAGACAGCCCAUUCUGUCUCACAGGGCUCUGAGCAGAGCACUGCUGCCACUCAGCUCUGCUAUAUAAAAAUAGGGAGAAGGGCUGAGGACAGAGGUAUGUACAGAGCACAGAUGCCCUCCAGAGCAAAGAUAGAUACAGUGUCCAGGUCCAUGGCAGGAGGCUCUUAAAUAGGCUGCAUCUAACAAAGGGAUGAAAACCAGUUAUUACUGUUCAGGAUUCAGGAGCUGCCUCUAGAGGAUCAUGGUAACUACGUGUUACAGCUUUCUACUCUCUCUGUCCUCCAGAGAGAGAACUAUGGCAGAGAGACAAAUGCCAAUAGGCAGCCAAAAGAAUUUGUGAAAGCAAAUUCCACAAAGAAAAGGAAUAGCUCUUGGUCACACAGAAUGCACUAGCACUCACAGGCAGAAGGCACCAACAUAUUCCUUGUACAAAUUUCCAUCCUUCAUUAGGUUUUUCUACCCUUCAUCAGAUUUCAGGCCGUAUAAAAUAACCUUGUCCCUGUACCAACCAGAGCUUCUGAGGGGCAAGGAGAGGGGAUCAGUGCUAGCUGAGGAUGCAGCUGUUGCUGUAAAAAACAUAAUCAUCCUUAAUCUCUUCCAAAAAUUGAGAAGAAAGCAAGGGGUACUUUAGAAUCCCAGUUUCAAGUUCAGCAUCAGUUCCCCAACAGUACAACACUGAUUUUUUGAAUAAUUUUAUUUUUUAAGUAAGAUUAAAAGCUGCUCAAACAGAGGAAUCAAGUCUUAAAAUCCCGAGAAUCUCAAACUGGAUUCAGUGCUUUCUGUUACUGAGUAUUACUAGUGUAAGCAGCAGAGAAAUUCACAGCUCACUAGAUGAUGUAAACUCCAAUGCAUUCUGAAUUAAUAUGCUACUUUCUGUAUUACUGAGAUUCAAAAUACUUCACAUUGUUGUGCUCGUAUAUUAUAAAUGCCGUGGGAACAUCUCUAUACAGAGAUGCAUUUAUUUUAUGCAAUCCAGGUAGCAAAAACGAAAGAAUUUAGAAAAUAGCAUAUAGAAGGGCUGCCCCCAUCAGGCUACUUCAUAAACCACUACAAAUAGGCAGCACAAUCACUUACUUAAGACAAUUGUGUGGUUAUUCCAAAGUACAGUUUUAAGUGCUCCACUGGCAAAAACAGUACCAUUAGACUACACGCUACUACUAAGAUCAUAAAUACAAAUCUCCCAAAAGUUCUCCAUUUCCAACACCAUGUUUCUCAAAAGUGUUUGCAUUGUUGAGGCAUGUCAUAUUGCAUAGUUCUACUGCUUGCAUUGCUGUUGCAAAUGGCCACAUUACUUAGUGUAGAUCCCACCAAAAGAGGAAGACUUCAUGCAAAUU